AUGGGGCUUGGCAGGGGACAGUCUCCGCUGCUGAUGGCACUGUUGCUGCUGCUGGCCUGCCUCCAGACGGGGAUGAGCCUGGAGCGCAUCAACUAUGUGCCGCAGCUCUCGAGCACCACCCUGGCGGGGAGGCUCACCCAGUCCACCUUCACGCUGGAGCAGCCGCGGGGCCAGUUCAGCCACCCCAGCAUCUCCGACUCUGACGCCAUCUGGCUGGUGGUGGCCCACAGUAACGCCACACAGAAGUUCACGGCCCCACAGAAGGUGGAGGACACACCGGUCCCUGCCGACUUCCCCCAGGGGGGCUACUACCUCACGCUGAGGGCCAGUCGGGCUCUCUAUCCGGGCGGCCCGCCCAGCAACCAGCUCCGGGUCCUGCGCGUCGGCAACGAUACCCACUGCUCCCCGAGGACAAGAGGCUGCAACCGCCCGCUGCCGGGCCCCGGCCCCUACCGAGUGAAGUUCCUGGUGAUGAGUGACAGGGGACCCAUGGCUGAGACAGAGUGGUCCAGUGAGACCCACCUGCAGCAAGCCAAGGUACUCCAGGCUGCCCCAGGGCCCCAGACCGCGGGCACUGUGGUCAUCAUUGCCAUCCUGUCCGUCAUGCUGGCUGUCCUCCUCGCUGCCCUCCUCACUCUGCUCAUCUUCACCUGGUACGACACCUGCGGGAGCACGCCCAUCUCCGGCCCAGGGGAGCUGGUGUUCGUCAGACAAUAUGACACCCACCACAUGUCGAGGCCUUCAGCUGUGGGGGGCUCCUGA